AUGAUGUGAUGUCACCAUUUCUAAAUGCGCUCAGGAACUCAUCUCUAACGUACGCAGCUCUCUGCACCAGCCGAGAGUUGGAGGGCGUCCUGCGCGUCUCCACUUAGUUGACGUCUUGACUGGUGAUAAACGUCUUGAGCUUUUGGCAUAAAUUAUUCAGACGCUUUUAAGCAGAGUGGAGGGAAAUCACAUGGCCGGAAUGCCAAACGCAUAUCGAGACCAGAAACGGAGAAUGGGCGCUUGUCAUCUCAUGGACGCAUCAGGACGCGUGUGGACGGAGAGAGCAGGGGCGAAAUAAUCGCGUCCGUGCGCGCGCUCGCCCAUGCGCACCGGGGACGCGCAGCUUGUCGUCGCCGCCGUCCUAUCAGCAUCUGCUGCUCGUUUUGGUAUUAAAAAUAGCCCGAUGCCGAUAUCCGACUGGUGGUUUCGCCGACAUCACUUCCCGUAAUUGUGCGCGUUUGUGUCAUUUCAAUCAGCGAGCCGUGACCCCCGAGAGCGCAAAUGCGCAUCGCAGUGCGCAUCUUUGAAUCUCCUCAACUCCACCGUGGACAAUCUCCCUGACAUCCAGAGACCUCUCCUGCCGCAAUCCGACCGGGCUUCGUCGGCGCCUUAUGGCCGCUCAUCGGCAUCCCUGAGCGGCUGGCCUCGUCCCGGACGACUGUGAUCUCUCCACCGGGCGUCUUUUCCGUCGCGAAAGGUGCUAUGCUGGGCCCGUCUCUAUAGAGCAGCUGAUCAAUACGCGAUCUGUCCUCCCACAUCCGUCCGACCGACCGAGACCCUGCUACUCUUCCCGAGUCUCAACGAUGCAUCCGAGCGCGGCGCUGCUGGUCCUGCUGGGGAACUGGAUGCUGCCCCUCAUCACAGCUCAGAACGCUGGGUUUGUCAAGUCGCCGAUGUCUGAGACCAAGCUAACGGGGGACACUUUCGAACUGUACUGCGACGUGGUGGGCAACCCCACUCCUGAGAUACAGUGGUGGUAUGCCGAAAUCAACCGACUCGACUCCUUUAAGCAGCUCUGGGACGGAGCACGCAAGCGGCGUGUUUCCAUCAACACUGCCUACGGUGCCAACGGGGUUAGCGUGCUAGGCAUCACGCGACUCACGCUGGAAGACUCUGGGAUCUACGAGUGCCGUGCAAGCAAUGACCCCAAACGGAAUGACCUACGACAAAAUCCUUCCAUCACCUGGAUCCGAGCCCAGGCUACCAUAUCAGUGCUACAGAAACCAAAGAUCAAUUCCUCGGAUCAGAUCAUUCUGACGGCGGACUCUUUCGGGACGCCCGUCACACUGCAUUGCAACCUCACCACCGCCCACACCCCACACAGGGAAAGCUUCUGGAUGAAGAACGGACAGGAGAUCGCAAAUACGAGGACGGAGCAUAGGGUCACAUCGCACAGAAUCAAUAAACCGCGGGCGGAUGAUUCCGGGGAAUACAUGUGUGUGUACACAUUCGACAUGGCACCAAAUGCAAAUGCUACAAUUGAAGUAAAAGCCAAACCUCACAUAACAGGCCACAAGCGCAGUGAAAAUAAAAACGAAGGGGAGAAUGCAACGCUUUACUGCAAGUCUGUUGGUUACCCACAUCCCAUCUGGACGUGGCGCAAAGUGGACGGAACUUCCUACACGGACAUCGACAACUCCACGGGCCGUUUCUUCAUCCUCAACAGAGACAACUACACUGAGCUCAACGUACACAACCUGGACAUAAACACAGAUCCGGGGAACUAUGAAUGCAACGCCACCAACGUUAUCGGAACCACAGCAGAGAUCACGAUCCUGCGGGUACGAAGUCAUCUCGCGCCCUUGUGGCCAUUCCUGGGAGUUCUUGCAGAGGUCAUAAUCUUAGUAGUCAUCAUUGUCGUAUACGAGAAGCGCAAGAGGCCGGACGACAUCAUCGAAGAUGACGAACCAGUGGCCCCAAUGAAAACAAAUUCAACAAACAACCACAAAGAUAAGAACAUACGCCAGAGGAAUAAAAAAUAAGCAAUUUACUCAAAUGAGACCGCGAAACAGCGUAUUUUUUGGCUAAAUGGAGGUAUCAGAAUUGAAUGGAGGUGCAAGCUGUUUCUGUGAAAAAAAAACAUAUCUUGUCUCAUUCAAUGAGAAACAAAAUCAGCGUACCACUGGCAACGAGAGGAACAAAAUGGGCGUUUGAAGCAUGCCUUGUGCAGUCUUAUGUGGCAAUUUCAGGAUGACCAAUAAUGACUAAACCGCCAUAAAUGUGUACACAUUUUUAAUGUGAUGUUGAUGUCUUUAUUGAUUUAUCAUGGUCCUCAAAUGAGGUAAAUCCUUUUGUAUUACAUAUCAUGUAUAACGCAUGCAAACAAUUACGCAAUAGGAUACUCAGAAUAGACAUCUUCUGUUGUUAUCCCUCGUGUGGCUUUUUUUUUUUUUUUUUUUUUUUUGCAUCCCAAAAGAUUUUCUAUGGAGUCAUCCUUCUUAUGUAUCUCUAUAUAUCUAUAUAUAGAUAUACAUAUAUAUCUAUAUAUUGAUAUCUGUAAAUAUAUCUAUAUAUGGUAAAUUUUAGUAAAUUAGUUUUAUUCAUGAGAAUUUGUACAGAAUAUCAUUGUCAUUUAAACAUGUUUGCUUUUGUGACGACAAGUCCAAUUUUGAAACAACUUUUCUUGUGAAGCCCAGUCUUCACUGACAGACAGUAUUUAAAUUUAAUUGAGCGUGCUUAACAAAAAAUGUGUGUUUAACUUAUCUUAACGAAGACGAUAUGUAUUACUUUUAUUUCCUUUACGAGAGUAACUUAGGUGUCCUGUAUAUGUUGCAGUAUGAGUGUUCAAAUGAUAGGAAAUCUGUAAAAAAAAAUAUUUUUUUUAUAUUUCCUGAUUCCAAUGAUUGAUUUUUAUUUUGUUUCUCUUUAACUGUAUAGCAUGGCUAUAAUCCUAUGCAAUAUGUAAACUUAAAUAGAUAUAUGGAGGGCAGUUCGUUUUACUCAGUGAAGCUUUAAUAUUGUGGGAUCACUUGGAAGUUGGCAUAGCAACAUUCACUGCUGUAGCUGCAUGACUCCUCUUCAAAUACGAUGUAUCAAUGUGUGUGUGCUGGAAACGGACCUGAAUUAAAGAUGGAAACUGAGGGACCAGAGUACUUAGCCAAGAUCAAACAUAUGAAUAAGACCAAUAUUUUUUUUCUGAAUAAAAAAACAAACUUGAAGAAACCACCCUCCCAUCCUCUUCAUUCAACUGAACAUGAAAAGUAACUUGGUUUGAAGUAUGCAGAGAGCUGUCUUAUUCCUGCAGGAUCUUUUUCAUCUCCUUCUCCACCUUCUCCACAAAUGCAUGGAAGGUAGGAUCCAGCAGACAUUGCCGGAUGAAGAGCCCUAAAUCACCAGAAUCAGAGGUCUCCUGAUGGUGCAAUUGAGGCAGUAUGAGAGGUCCUUCUCCCAAGUAGUGCUGUGGAACACAAAUUUAGAAUUUUGCUCUGAAUUACUGCUUUACGUAUAUCUGUUCCUGUUGCAUCAAAAAAAAAAACAA